UCCAGAAAAAAUGGCAGCUGUUGACAUCGACGUGCCGGUGGAAACAGAGCCCCAAAUCUACAACCAGGAUGACCUGGAACGUCAGGCUGAAGGCUUCAAAGAGCAAGGAAAUGCACUCUACAGCAGGAAAGAUUACUCUGAGGCUUUCAACUAUUAUACCAAGGCCAUCGACACUUGCCCCAAAAAUGCAAGUUAUUAUGGCAACAGGGCAGCCACCCUCAUGAUGCUCUGUCGCUUUCGAGAGGCCCUUGAAGACUCCCAGCAGGCUGUGCGGCUGGAUGACUGUUUCAUGAAGGGGCAUCUGCGCGAGGGUAAAUGCCAUCUGUCUUUGGGAAAUGCCAUGGCGGCCAGUCGCUGCUUUCAGAAGGUUCUGGAGCUGGAGCCCAGCAACAGAGAGGCUCAGCAGGAGGAUAAGAAUGCAGCAACUCUCCUGGAGUACGAGCGAAUGGCAGAUUUUGGCUUUGAAAAGCGGGAUUUCAGAAAGGUGGUGUACUGUAUGGACCGAGCCUUAGCGAUGGCUUCUGCCUGCCACCGCUUCAAAAUCCUCAAGGCUGAGUGUCUGGCUCUGCUGGGACGCUAUCCAGAAGCUCAGUCUGUAGCAAGUGAUAUCCUGCGAAUGGAUUCUACGAACGCAGACGCACUGUACGUUCGAGGUCUGUGUCUUUACUAUGAGGACUGCAUCGAUAAAGCUGUACAGUUCUUUGUCCAGGCUCUGCGCAUGGCACCUGACCAUGAAAAGGCCCGGUUGGCCUGCAGGAAUGCCAAAGCCUUAAAGGCCAAGAAGGAGGAGGGCAACCAGGCAUUCAAGAACAACAACUAUGAAGCUGCCUACCAGCUGUAUACUGAGGCCCUGACGAUAGACCCCAACAAUAUCAAGACCAACGCUAAACUCUACUGCAACAGAGCCACGGCAGGAGCAAAGCUGAAGAAACUGAAUCAAGCCAUUGAAGACUGCACCAGCGCAAUCAAACUAGAUGACACAUACAUCAAGGCCUACUUAAGAAGAGCUCAGUGUUUCAUGGACACAGAGCAGUAUGAAGAGGCUGUACGGGACUAUGAAAAAGUUUACCAGACAGAAAAAACGUCAGAUCACAAGCAUCUGCUGAAAAACGCACAGCUGCAGCUGAAGAAGAGCAAGAGGAAAGAUUACUACAAGGUGCUUGGGGUCGGCAAGAACGCCACAGAGGACGAAAUCAAAAAAGCGUACCGCAAACGAGCCCUCAUGCAUCACCCAGACCGCCACAGUGCAGCAACUCCAGAGGUGCAGAAGGAGGAGGAAAAGAAAUUCAAAGAAGUGGGCGAGGCCUUCACUGUGCUGUCCGACCCAAAGAAGAAGAUCCGCUAUGACAACGGGCACGACUUGGAGGAUGACGGCUGCUUUGAUGGUGGAGAUUUUGAUGCCAACAACAUCUUCAGGGCUUUCUUUGGUGGCCAUGGUGGAGGAUUUAGUUUCGAUUCCAGCCCAGACUCUGGACCAGGAAAUUUCUUCUUCCAAUUUGGCUAAAGCAAAGGACCAUGUGGGAAAAUGGCAGCCCUGCAGAGGACAAAAUCAAGUUGGACCCACAGUCACUUUGUAAUGCUCAUACUCCUGCAAAAUCUCCCAACAUUUUUUUUUUUUUUUUCAAGAGAUUUCUGAUUAUUGCAUUCACUACUAAAUUUACUCCUUACAUUGAUGCUAACAAACAUUGGGAAGGACAAUUCAGAGGCUUUAGUUAUAAAUUAAUGAAGAUAAAGAAGUUUGGAUCAGCUGAUUCAAAGCAUGUCAUUACCAAAAAUCUUAUUUCUAAUUAAAUCUAAUCUUGUAAAACUGCCUCAACCUUCCUAAAGGUGAUCAGUAAGGAAAGCUUUGGAAAUAUAAGCAUCAUGGUUGACUAUCUUUUAGAAAACAUAACAUGACAUACAUUUUAGGGUUCUCCUGGGACAGCAGGUCUAUUGAGCAAGAGGCAAUGUACUGUUGAAGUUCAACGUCAAAACUGACCUCAGGACAGCCUGUUGUGGACAACACUGGUCUCUUGCAAAUGUGUGUCCAGGUUUUAUUGGCUCACUUGCCAAAUAUAGAAUCGACUUGCUGGGCUUUUGUUUCUUCUCCUCUUCUCCAUGCUGCAUUGUAUAUUUGAUUCGAAUGUACAGCAUUUUGUGUCCAUAAACUUUUAUUUCCUCAGUCUUCCCUCAGUCUAUUUAUAUUUAUUGUACUGUGUAUUCUAGACUGUAUGCAGCAGAAUGCCAUUGUCUUCGUCUUCCUCGUUUUUUAAGAGACCCAUUUGUACAUGAUUUCCACAUCAUUGUCUCUCAGAGUUUCAUUUUCUGAAACAGGCCAAAAUCAGCAUACAUACACCUACAGAUUGUCCUCUGUUGAAAGCACCAAUCACUCAUCUGUCCCACUGUCCCAUUCAAAUUCAAGUGGUGCCUUACCAGAGUGAGCAGAUCAGUUAACCUUCUCACAGUGAAACCUAAAACAAAAGCUGUGGAGUAAGCCACAUCCUAUUUCGAAAUGGCAACAGUCAGCUUGUAUAGCAACUUGUCACUUCAUAUGAAAACUUUUUUUCAUGUUUGGCCAGUAAAUUGCAAGUACAAUUUUGCAAGUAAAUGAUCAUCCUGUCAACAAUGAAAGAAAUUUCGUUUAAUGUCAUCAAUGCCGUCACACCCAGCUGUCACCCACCUAUACUUGUCAUGCAUGUUUCGUCAGUACAGCCCAUCUCCUUCUUGUUCCACCUGUUCAAAGGGGCACUGAUAGUAGGUUGGAAGUUUCUGUUAAUUGUUUUGUCACUGAUCUGUGUAUCAUUUUUAAGAACUUGUCACAGUAUUAACAAGACAUGCUUUUCUUAUUGCGUAAAUAAAGGCUCGUCUUUUACUGUA